AUGUUAACAUGGGCCUGUCGCUGCCUGCCAGGCUUCAGCAUCAUCGCUUUGGCGCUGCUGCUGCUGCUUGCCUUCUCUGAUGUACUGACCGCACCUCGAUGGAAAGGCAUGUUUAUUUCCUCGUCCUACUCCCCCACCAAAGAUGGAACCUGGAGUUCACUGUCUCGUGCGCAACAAUGUUUUGUCGUCUACGCCAUCAUGGUGCAUCUGCACAUGUUUGGCUUCACGCUGCGUCUGAGCUGGUCCCUGUUUUGCGUCUUCAAGAAGACCAAACUCGCCUUCGAGCGCCGCAUCAUGCAGACGCCCCCGGGCUCGCCUGCGUCGAGUCGGUCGAGCUGUUCCGAGCCGAUGCUCGAGAAGACAAGCGUGAUGGUUCACGAGAUUGAGGAGCCGGAAGAAGUGAUACAUGCAAUCAUCCUGCCAAACUACGGCGAAGACUUGAACACACUGGAGACUACUCUCAACGUUCUGGCCAGCCAUCCACGAGCCCAGUCGCAAUACGAGAUAUACCUCGCCAUGGAACAAAAGGAAGAAUCUGCCCCGGAGAAGGCUGACAAGUUGACUGCGGCGUUCGAAAAGUCCUUUCUGCAUGUGCGUUCGACCUUCCACCCGGCCGGGAUCGAGGGCGAGAUUGCCGGCAAAAGCUCCAACGUGGCAUUCGCAGCCCGCCGCAUCGUGGAGAUCCAUCGCGCGGAUCUGAAAGCCGAGUCUUGCAAUGUGAUUGCCACAGUGAUGGACGCUGAUACGCACCUUUCCCGGGAUUACUUCACCGAAAUCCGCCGCAUGCAUUACGCACAUCUAUCGGAAGCAGAGCGCUCGAUCUAUUGCUGCCCGAUCAUCUUCGACCGCAAUUCCCACGAGAGUCCUAUCCUGGUUCGAUGCGCAGAUCUGCUCUGGGGGUUUGCAGGAUUGUCCACCAUGUACCCGGGCUCGUGGCUCGCUAUUCCCACUUCUGUAUACUCACUGCCGCUAUCCCUGGCUGAGAAGGUAGGCGGGUGGGACAGUGGCCCGGCGGCCAUAGGAGAAGACAUGCAUAUGCUGCUCAAGUGUUACUUCGAGACCGCCGGCAACGUCGUCUCGCGCGUGGUCUACGCACCCGCCAGCCAGUGCAACGUGUCGAGUGACGGCUCUCGGGGCUGGCGCUGGACUCUGGAUACCUGCCUCGCGCGGUAUCGACAAGCUCUCCGACACAUGUGGGGAGCCCUCGACUCGGGGUUUGCAGCGCGGCGGAGUAUCGGCUACCUUCGUUUCGACCACCGGUGUCUAUUCCUGCGCCCAAGACACUUUCUGCUUCUUCACAUGCUCUGGGAAGCACACUUUCUGCCCUGCCACCUGGUGAUCUUGAUGAUCUUCUCCACCGCGUAUCCUGUCUUGACGUCUGCGACAUCCGUGCAUCCGAUGGUCGCCUGGGCAUUUUCCGUUACCAAUAUCCUGCGCACGAUGGGUUUCCUGUGGAUGAACCUGUGUCUUGUCUUGUAUGAGCGCUGGCAUGCGCUGUGCCUCGACACGCGGAUGCAAGACAUGCGCGAGGCUCGACUCGCCGACACGGGGUGCUCGCAGCGGGUGUGGUACCGGCCCACGUACCUCCUGGAGCGAAUCUGCUUCCCCAUUGCAGGAACUUUGUUCGGUGCAGUCCCCAUGCUGCACGCCGUGGUCUCGCACUUCUGGACGGAUCGGCUGGUGUACCGGGUCAGCAAGAAGCCGACCUUCAGCAGUCUGGUGGAUGGUGUUUUACCCGUUUAA